GACUAAUUACUUUGAGAGUUCGUAACUCGGACGGAGCUCCGCAUGCAGUCAACACAAAUUGCAACAUAUUUACAGACGUUAUAGAUCUUUGCAGAUAAGGUAGAUAACUGGUAGAUAUCACCGCCGGAGAUAUCACGGAGGCAUAACGAUAAAGCGUUUGGCUCAGUGCAAUCCCGGUUUGCUCAAACGAUAAGUAUCAAUUCCUCCGACAUUAUACUCGAGUUAAGAAUGUCCGAGACUGCUACUGAGAUCAUCGUUAUCGGAGCAGGAGUCAUCGGUCUGACUACCGCCCUGAAAAUCCAAGAGAAGGGAGUAUAUCAUGUCACUAUCAUAGCAGAAACUUUACCCACCGACCCGAAGACGAGCAGAUAUACAAGCCAUUGGGCAGGCGCACAACACGCCACCUCUGCUGACUCCCCUGGUAUGCAUCUGAAUCAGCUAGAAAUGGACAAGGAGACGUUCCGUAUAAUGUGGGACCUAUCAGCCCCUGGGAGUGAUGCAGCAGGGUGCUUUAUGCGACUUAAGAUGGUAUCAUACGCUGGACACCAACUCGAGAAACCGUCGGUGUGGGAGUUCAUGCCCGACUUCAAAUACUUGACCGAAGAAGAACUUAUUCCCACUAUGGUCGACGGAUCAUCUUUCACUACGAUGACCAUCGACGUGCCCGUUUAUCUCAACUAUCUCUUUUCGCGUUUCCUCAGCAAGGGAGGCGCUGUCGUCAAAGGCCAAGUUCAGCACGUUAAGCAAAUUAUUGAAGGUGGUGCUGGGGCGUUCACCGGUGCAAAAAAUUGCCCGAAACCAGCAGCCGUUGUGGUAUGUGCGGGGCUCGGAGCUCGUUUCCUCGGCGGUGUCGAAGACAAGGACAUGUAUCCCAUUCGUGGACAAACCGUCAUCGUACGGGCGCCUUGGGUGAAGGAAAUGCCAUGUUUUCACACAGCUAGCGGUGCCAUUUCAUACGUGAUCCCCCGUCGAAGCGGAGAUGUGAUUGUUGGGGGAACGUUUUUGGUGGAUGAUUGGUACCCUACGGCGCGUUCGGACACGAAGCGGGAGAUACUGGAGCGAGUGAUCAAACUGUACCCGAAUAUAGCGCCCCCCGAAGUUCGCGCGGUAAGAGAGCCAACCGUCGCGGACCUCGAGGCCAUCGUGAUCGAGGACGGGUGCGGGCUUAGACCGGGAAGGAAUGGGGGUGUUCGACUCGAAGUCGAUUCUUCGGGUAAUAUUCCAUUGGUAUUCAAUUAUGGUCACGGUGGGUACGGGUAUCAGUCAUCUUGGGGAACGGCUGGUGCGGCUCUGAACUUGCUGGAAGGUGUAUUGGCAAGAAAGGAAUGAUUGAAUUCAUGGGAAAAUUGUAGCAGUUGAGUGACUUGUAAACAAAUGUAUUAUUUGACUGUACCUGGAGGCAUUGUCGGUCGAUAUCACCAAGCAUUGCAAGGGA